AUGGGUUCGACGCAAUUCGGCAAUUUCCACGACUUUUGUCGCGACUCGACAUUACCCGUCUGCAAUCUUUUCAAGGUGAACCAACCGCCUGGAAUUGGCUACGGUGGAUGUGUUUUGGAAGGUAUCGGGCUUAGUGGAGGUCGGAAUCUCGCUAAUCUAGGCUCGAUUCUCUUCGCGUUCAUUGCUAUUCUGGUCUCGAUCGCACUGAUAUGGAGGUCGGACAGGAAGCAUGCCGCCGUCGGGCGACGUGAGAUUCAAAUGUUUUUGUUGGGAUUCAUUAUUAUCGAGAUUUGUGAGAUUUUUACCGUCGGUGGUAUUCCACUUCACGAUGAUGUGCGAAAGGGAUUUUCGGCGGUCCACAUUGCGGCGAUCACCGCCACUUGCUGGAUCCUUCUUUUGAACGCGCUUGUUGGCUUCCAGCUCCUUGACGACGGCACGCCAGCGUCAAUUGGCCUGAUUUCCGCCUCUGCUAUCGCUUUAUUCAUUGGUACUGGAUAUAUCGCCCUCGACACGGCGUUCUCUUGGACCGGACAUUUCGACUCUAGCGUGACGGGCAGCAACAACCGCAACAUCGGCCUCUAUGUGUUGUACCAGCUCUUCCCGCUGGUUUGCCUGGUUCUGUUCUUCUUGCUCGAGACCGUCCUAGUGUUGCGGGUGCUGGGCGAGCUCCGCCCAAUGUUCUACCUUGCCGGCGCCGGCCUGCUUUUCGCCAUUGGCCAGAUCUUCCAGUACGUGAUCAGUACGCAUCUAUGCCAGGCCACAUCCGGGAAAAUCAACGGCGCUUUAUUCGAAACCCUGUUCACCCUCCUCUCCGUCAUUGGUGUCUGGGGCUUCUGGAGCAGUAUCACCGAAGACGACUGGCCCCUACCCGUCGGAAGUGGUUAUAACUAA